AUGUCCACGUACCCCCAGCCGGUGACCGGUACACCCUGUUCUACGAUGCUUUGUACAUGUCCUAUGACAUUCUACGUUACUAUUGGACUGAAAGCUUGCCCUGCCCACCCAUUGGGCUAUGAGUUCUUUGCCCAUGCCUACAAUCAUGAAGGGCUCACCACUACUGCCUCUGUCAUCAACAAACAGGGCUUUGUAAAGUGCGAAGGCACGUCCAUUGAGAUGGGAGAUCUCUUGGACGACGAUGAUGAAGACGUCACUUUGUCUGCUAUGCGCAUGGACCAAGUUGACCGCAUGGUGUGGCACACCGCCCUCUCUGUCGCUCAUCAGCGGGACAAGAUCGAGGAGCGCCGCUUGAUGAACAAGAAGAGCAAGAAUUACUUCAAGAAGCAGCAGGUUAAUAUGUUUAGAAAGGGGGUCGGGAACCAAAAGGGGAACACGCUUAGCACUGGUGCCCCUGGAGGGACCAAAGCAUCUGGCAGCGCCCAGCUGCCCGUCGAGGAUGAGAUGAAUACUGUGGGGUAA